ACGGGACUCAAAAUGGAAAGAGUCUAUUGGCUGGUUCCAUGCGUGACGUCAGUAGGCGGAAGUAAAUCACCUACCCAGUAGCAAUAUGGCAGCUUCCAGGUGUAGUCGCUGCGCUUGGUUAUUUCUUGUAUUUAUUUAUUCGUUAUACGUGGUGGUAAUAAGUGAAGAACCUACGCCGGGUAAUGAACAGCAUGCCAGUGUGGCUGAUAAUCCACAAACACCGGCGGAAACAGUGAAGCAACCGACAGAGGAGAGGCGGUGGGAAGCAACCCAGGUUGACGAAACAGUUCCCGAUGAUGCUGCUGCUGCGAACAAACAGGACUUACCUGUCCCCGAUUCGGUGCUGACAUCAACACCGCCGCUCAAAGACGAGUUUCAAGAGGAGCUGGUCAUCAGACCGCUGCACUCGGGAGAUAUUUAUGCUAGCUUCCAGUUUCGCACCGUGUGGGAGACUGACUUCACCAGAGGAAGAAAAGUAUCUCACUACAGGCUGUUCCCAAAAUCUCUGGGUCAGGUCAUCUCCAAGUUCUCAGUGCGAGAGUUGCACAUCUCCUUCACACAGGGCUACUGGAGGACCAUGCAGUGGGGGCAGCCGUACCUCCCAUCCCCUCCAGGAGCUGAACUCUGGGUCUGGUUUCAGGACACUGUGACAGAUGUGGAUGCCACAUGGAAGGAGCUGACAAACGUUUUGUCAGGCAUCUUCUGUGCUUCACUGAACUUCAUUGACUCCACCAACACUGUUCAGCCCAGCGCCUCCUUCAAACCCCUGGGAAUUGCCAAUGGUACAGAUCACCGCUUCCUUCGCUACGCCACCCUCCCACGAGAAAUCGUCUGCACUGAAAACUUGACUCCUUGGAAAAAACUUUUGCCGUGUGGAUCCAAGGCUGGUCUGGCUGUGCUGUUGAAGUCGGAGAAACUCUUUCACAGCAGUUUCCAUUCCCAGGCUGUGCACAUACGGCCGGUGUGUCAGGACGGGCCGUGCAAAACCGCGUCCUUGGAGCUGAGGCAGACGCUGAAUGUGGUGUUUGAUCUUCACGCCUCUGGACAGGGCAAACGAGAGUGGUCUUUGUUUAAGAUGUUCUCUCGGACCCUCACCGAAGCCUGCCCGCUGGCCUCCUCCAGUAAAAUAUACAUCGACGUCACAGACAACCCUCAGGAGGACCAGUUUGAGCUCAGUCCAGCUACUCAUCUGCUGAGCCAGGCGGUGGUGUUGGGGGACAGACGGACCUUUUCCGUCUACGAUCUGACCCAACAAGUCACCUUUGGGACUGUGCGCUCCCUUAAUGUGCUGAUUCGCUGGAAAUCCACAGAGGGCGACAUGCUUUGGCCCUUGCUCCACGCCGAGCGUUACGUUGCUGGGUACGGGCUGCAGACCGGAGAGAUCCACACCUUAAUAUACAACAACCAUCCCUUCAGAUCUUUUCCUGUGCUGCUGCUGGACUCUGUGCCCUGGUAUCUGCGUCUCUACGUUCACACGCUGACCGUCACCAGCAAGGGAAAGGACAACAAGCCCAGUUAUAUCCACUACCAGCCUUCCAAAGACCGAAUGCGGCCCCACCUGCUAGAGAUGCUGGUCCAGCUGCCUCCACACUCCGUCACCGAGGUUACAGUGCAGUUUGAGAGGGCUCUGCUCAAAUGGACUGAAUACACGCCUGAUCCCAACCACGGAUUCUACGUCGGGUCUUCGGUUGUCAGUGCUCUUGUGCCGAGUACUGUAGCCAUGAACACAAACAUCACUAAGGAGCAACCCUUGUUCAGCACUUUUUUUCCGGCCAAAGAAGAGUCUAGCUACUUCAUACGCGUCUACACAGAACCUUUGCUGGUGAACCUGCCCACUCCAGACUUCAGCAUGCCUUACAAUGUCAUCUGUUUAACGUGCACCGUUGUGGCCGUGGGAUACGGCUCCCUUUACAACCUGCUGACCCGAAGCUUCCAGAUAGAAGAACCCAACCCAGGAUUGGCCAAGCGAAUAGCCAACGUUAUCCGCAAGAUGAGGGGCGUGCCGCCUCUGUGAGGCAGCACCCGAGGAUCCAUUAAUGUUCAGGGAAGAACUGAGUCAAGCACUGGUAUGCAUGUACAUAAAAAGGGCAACUUGAAGUUUUUUUUGUUGCUUUUUAAAUUUAAGUAAAUGGGAAAACUAUAAAAGUGUUUUUUUUGUCUGAAACAAGAACAUUUAUAUAUUAUAUUGCCAUACAGUUCCUGUUAAUAUGCUUCUGAAUUCCUUCAAAACAAUUUUUACUGUUGAACUUUUGCUGUGUUUCUGACCUGCUAUUUCAUAUCUCCAUGCCAGGAGAGAUCAAAUAAAAUGACAUGUAAGUCACAGUGACUUUUGUCAGAGUGACAUUUCCUUUUUUCAUUUGUGUAACUCUCAGAUUUGGUUUUCCAUUGCUGAACAUCUCACUUCCAAACUCCAUUAAGAAGCUUUUAAAAACAAUCAUUCUGUGGAUUUUUUUUCCUGUCCUUAAAAAUAAGUUUCAAAAAGCAACACAACAUGCCCUGAUCUAAAAAAAAAAAUAAGAAUGAAAACUCGUGACCAGAUCAAAAACAGUCAAGGACAUAAUCUAUGUUGACAGGGGUUGCAAAACUGUUCCUUAAUGAACCACACUGGGAUUAAUAAUUCUUGCAGUAAAUUAGCGAUUCUGUAUAGAAUAUGGUUGUAUUGUUAUGGUCUUGGAUUGCAAUGCUGCUGCAGGAUUUGCUGUAAUAAACCACAAAUUCUGCUAUC